AAGAGAGAGAGAGAAGAAAAAAAAAAGAGAGCGCCCUUGAAGUGACGUAGUGUGAAGGAAAAAGAGCCAGUUCAACUCUUGCCCUUGUUCUUUCCAACCCUCAACUCCACCACGCCAAGACCAUAGCCAUCGUAACUGCCAUCACCAUCACCGUUGCAACCUGCUCGCCUUAAACAAUCGUUCGGACACACAGAAAGAAAACACUAUACCAAGUCAACCUCAGUACAAUAUGAUGAACUUUUUGUUUGGACGUAGGUCUCCUGCAGAGGCCCUCAGAGCUCACCAGCGGGCCCUCACUAAGGCACAGCGGGAACUGGAUCGCGAGAGAAUGAAGCUGGAACAGCAGGAAAAGAAGAUCAUUCAAGAUAUUAAAAAGAGCGCCAAGGCCGGUCAGAUGAACGCAGCCAAGGUUAUGGCCAAGGAUCUUGUACGAACUCGGCGAUACAUCCAAAAGUUUUACCAGAUGAAGACUCAGCUGCAGGCUGUCGGCCUUCGUAUCCAGGGUCUUCGUUCCAACCAGCAAAUGGCUGAAGCGAUGAAGGGCGCAACGAAGGCUAUGGGUGCUAUGAACCGCAACAUGAACUUGCCCCAGAUCCAGCACAUUAUGAUGGAGUUUGAGAAGGAGAGCGAGAUCAUGGAUAUGAAAGAGGAGAUGAUGUCAGAUACAAUUGAUGAGGCUAUGGAGGAAGAAGAAGACGAGGAAGAGGAGGAAGCCAUCGUAAAUCAGGUUCUCGAUGAGAUCGGGAUCCAUUGGGAUCAAUCGUUAGUAUCCGUUCCAGGAACAUCGAUCAAAACACCAGGAAACGCUGGCAAGGAGCGUGUUGCACAAGCAGAGGGCAUGUCGGCCGAUGAUGCCGAACUGCAGGCCCGUCUGGACAACCUUCGUCGCGAAUGAGUUCGCAUACACACACCAGUCAAUCGAGGGCGGACACCUUUUGUAAUACUACUUUAAUCUUUGCUGCCAAUCAGUUCGUAAUAAAGUGAUUUAUUGCUGAAA